UUUAUCUAAUAACGUCAUAUCUGUUCGUCUCUCUCCCAAUAAUCGUAGUGAAACCUUUCGCGUUGAUUGUUCGGAGUUCGAACGAUCGAAGUUCGAGACCUCACAAAUCUGUUCACUCUGGAGUUGGACUGUUUUUCCAAUCAAAACACAACACGUAAGGCUAAAUUUAUCUUAACCAAGCGGGAAAAAACGUUGUAGCUCUCUCGUACGGACACCGCGAAUGAUGAUCGGUCGGAGGAUUUUGCAGAAGAUUUCUUGGAGCUCCCGUGCGCGGUUGCUGUGGCUGUCUCCGUACGCCUCUCAAGCUAUGAUCCCGGCUCUGGUUGCCUCGGAGCUCGAUCCUCCAUUUCAACGGUUCUCCUCCUCUCGGAUUGCCUUUUCUAUGUCCGCUUUGCUGUCGUUUCGCUCCGCUGAUAAUCGAAUUUAUUUCAAUAGUCCACAUACUGGGAAGAGAUUUUGCUUUUCAAGUCAUGUUUUGGCAGAACUUCCAGCGUGUGGGAUAGUUGAUGUACCAUUAGCUCAAACUGGGGAAGGUAUUGCCGAAUGUGAACUUCUUAAAUGGUUUGUGAAGGAGGGGGAUCAAAUUGAAGAGUUUCAACCAAUUUGUGAAGUUCAAAGUGACAAAGCAACUAUAGAAAUAACUAGUCGUUACAAAGGAAAAGUUGCUCAGAUUCUUUAUGUUCCCAGUGACAUUGUAAAGGUUGGAGAAACUCUUUUAAAGAUUUUUGUUGAGGAAGCGCAGGUUCCAGACCUGACUUCUUAUGUUCCAGAAAACCCCACUCCAACUCAUGAUGGUAUGGAAAAAGCAGUGUCACUUGAUUCAAAGCCAAGGAAAAAUAACAUUGGCGAAGUUCUUUCAACACCUGCUGUCCGGCAUCUUGCAAAGCAACAUGGUGUAGAUAUAUAUGACAUCCUGGGAACUGGUGAAGAUGGGAGGGUACUAAAAGAAGACGUGCUCAAAUAUGCUGUCCAGAAAGGAAUCUUUAAAGAUCCAUCUGCUUCCUUGAGUGCUGCUGAUGGGGGAAGGCAGUUUCUUGAAGGAGAAGAGGACCAUCCCCAUGUAUCAGCUGACGUUGGAUGGAACUAUGGAUAUGAAGAUAAGACAGUUUCCUUAAGGGGUUUCCAGCGAUCAAUGGUAAAGUCAAUGUCCAUGGCUGCACAAGUUCCACACUUUCAUUUUGUGGAUGAGAUCAAUUGUGAUGCACUAGUGAAGCUUAAAGCAUCUUUCCAGAAUAAUAGUUCUGAUCCAGAUGUUAAGCACACUUUCCUUCCAUCACUGAUUAAGUCUCUUUCAAUGGCCUUGAGCAAGUAUCCCUUGAUGAAUAGUUCCUUCAAUGAGUCAUCACUUGAGGUCAUCCUCAAAGGUUCUCACAAUAUUGGAAUUGCCAUGGCUACUCCGUGUGGUCUUGUUGUACCAAACAUAAAGAAUGUCCAAUCGCUUUCAAUUUUGGAGAUAACAAAGGAACUAUCUAGAUUACAACAAUUGGCACUGGGUAACAAGCUUAAUCCUGUGGAUAUUUGUGGCGGAACAAUUACGUUAAGCAAUAUUGGAGCAAUUGGUGGAAAAUUUGGUUCUCCACUCCUCAACUUGCCCGAAGUGUCCAUUAUUGCAAUUGGCCGGAUUCAGAAAGUUCCACAAUUUGCAGAUGAUGGCAGUAUAUAUCCUGCAUCAAUCAUGACUGUUAAUAUAGGUGCAGAUCAUAGAGUUUUGGAUGGGGCAACUGUUGCAAGAUUCUGCAAUGAGUGGAAACAGUUUAUUGAGAAACCGGAGCUGUUCAUGUUACAUAUGAAAUGAUAUGUCAAAGAAACUGGAAUUAAGAUUCAUUCAACUUAAAUUGGAAACAACUCCUGUUCUUGUCUGAAUAUUGAGCAGUCAAGUCAAAAUGUACAGCGAUCCACAAAAAUAAGUUUCUAUGGCAUUUGCUACUUUGUUUAAAAAAGGGAACAAAUAAGGGUGGACUGCAGUGGUGUUGCCAUUGUUGCUGCUUGAAAGAUCACAAGAAGUUUCUCUAUAUGUUCAGCUGGCUUUC